GGGUUACAUGAUGAAACGAUCCCAAAGAAUUUAAACGAAGAAGCUAGAAGUGAAGAAAAUGCCCCCAUAGCUGCAGCUAGUUCUGCAGUCAAACCACCUGAAAAUGAGCCUCCGAGCAGAGACACUGGUGGUGAAACAAACUGCCAUAGAGACUAUAUUGCCAGAGAGGAUGCAGAUAGCAAAAAUGCAGAACAGCAAUACAAUGGAACACGUGACUUCACAAAGCUCAUUAAAAAUGGCAACACAGCUUUGACGGAGAGGAACAGAAAAGCCUUGAUUUCAAAUUUUUGCUUUCUGAAAGACAAUCUCCGUCCCGUAAUUAUCAGCGUGGCAGAUUACAUGUUCAGCAAGUUUGUUCUUCCUGAACACCAUCUCGAAGCCAUAGAAAGUAUGAAAGUUACAACAGAAAAAUGUCGGUAUCUGGUAAAGGACAUCCUUUUACACUCAAGCGAGAAGACAUUCUGGGUUUUUAUGGAAGCGUUGGAGCAAAAUAAGUGCGAAUUCAUUGUUGACAAGCUGCUUAAAGUCCUCGGCAAAAUUGAUGUUAAUGGACAACUUAAGGUUGUAGUUGACUUUCCGGAUGGAAGGAAAGCACAAGAAGAAGCUCAGCGAUGCCUCCAAAAAGCAAGGUGUAGUGUUGAGGAGUACAUAUUCAACAAUCCAGACAGGAAGCCCUCGAUGUGCGACGCUAUAAGGAGCGUCAUGGAACAUUUGAACUUGACUGUUAAUGACACAACUAGAGGAUCCAUUUUGAUGAAUAUGAAGUUUUACACCGUUGAACAAUUAGAUGCAUUCUGGAUGUGGGUCAAAAGUCGGCGACCUUCACCUUUAUCAACAUCCUUGACUGAGGUCAUUUUGACAGAAGAAAUCCGGAGAAUGGUCCCAGAAGAUAUUGUCUUAUCAUUAAGUACAGACAUGGAUCUAGAUGAGUAUUUGAAGAAGAGGCGUAGAUUGCUUCAUGGUGAGCUGCCUAUGACGUCAGAUGACUCAAAUGUCGGAAGACAACCACAGAAAGAGCGUAAUCAAAGCUUGUUGUGGCUGGACAUUGUCGGUGAACCGAAGGAGGAAGCUAACCCGAAGGUUCUUCUGGAGUGGGCGUAUGAAAGUGGAUAUAACGAUCCCCUUCCUAUGCUCACUGAGAAGUUUCCGCAUACUUUUAUUGGUUUCGACGAGAAAGAUUUCAGAAUAGAAAGACUUAACAAACUUAUAACGUACAAAAACGGUCGAAUAUCACAGUUGAUUGCUAAAUCAGAGGAUCUGGCAAAGAAAUUAUCACAAGCAGAGCAUAAGUUGAAAAAUAAGGAAUUAUUGGCAUAUGUAAGGAAAAGUUAUUACAUGGAUAUAGGAGAGAUUCAUCGGUCACUUACAGAAGAUCUAAAUUUACUGACACAGAGCAAUUCAGACAUCCAGAAAGAUUGGAGAGGCUGUGAGUCAGACCUAGCAGGACCUGUUAAUGAGCUGCCAAAAGAUAAUGGCUUGCAAGCAAGUUUAGGAAAGAGUUUUCCAGCACAAAACAAUGUGGAAAGCCAUAGAGAUGGGAGAGACUGUGAUUUGGAACUAGCACAGCCUGUUCAUGUGCCCACAGGUGAAGUCAACAGUGAUAAAGAAUGUGCUUUGAAAACUAACAGUGAUGAUCUAGAGCUGCCAAAAGACAGUGGCUUGCAAGCAAGUGGAGGGCAUGCAGAGGAACCUUAUGAUGAUACAGGUUAUUUAUAUGGACAGCACGUGCACAGGGACGGAGGGCGGGUUCGUGGUUUGAGUACAGUGAUUUGUGUGGAUACUUCCAGAAGCAUGGAAGGAGAAGCUUUCACUGACAUGAAAAAUGCAAUACACAAGAUUCUUUAUGAUGCAAAAUACACAUACAAUGUGUAUGAGUUCAAGGAGUUAAUCGGGCUGGUCGAAUGUGGGUCAGGGUUAGAUAGUCGGACUUUAGUGAGCUUAACGGACAACUAUGACCGGAUACGACAGGCCCUAGCUGGCCUUAAGCCAGGUGGUAUGAGUCCAUUAGCAGCAGGCAUCAGUAAGUCAUUUCAUGAACUACUCCGACAUGCUAGCAGACAGAUGCAAAGGGUUUUGGUAUUCACGGACGGUAAACCAACAGAUGAGAACGACUUUGGGAACAUGGAUGAUUUGCCUAGAGCAUCAUCAACGGGUAAACAUCUAGUCCUGAACACUGUCCAGAAUCCUGUCACUGAGGAUCUGUUACUCUAUGUCAGAAUACAUUUUGUUGGCUGUGGAAAAAACUGUGACAAGGGAUUUCUAGAGUAUGCAGCCAAGGCAGGAAAGGGAGAAUUCUUCAGAGCAGAUGACGAACUAGAUGUCCGUUGCCUGGGUGGAUACUACAGACGACUGGCUUGGGUUUCCCUUUUCAUCAGGCCUAUUCAAGGAAAGUUACUCAACCAGCUUGUUAAUGACAAAACCAAGUUUUCAACAUGGAUGCAUGCUACAAAGAGCACAGAAAUAUUUGACACAGAUUUGAGUGACUUUGAUGUGGAUGAAAUGCACAAAAUAUUGCAAGCUUUGGUUAAAGAAGACCCACGUAUACAGCGUGACCUGCCGCUGGGGAUGCGUGUGAGACGAGGACCUGAUUGGGAAUAUGGUGACCAAGAUAAUAAUGGUCCAGGAACUGUGACAGGAUAUAGAAAGGGAGGUUGGAUUAAAGUUCAGUGGGAUCACAGCGAUGAAGAUUUUGUCUAUCGGUAUGGCCAUGAAGGACGUCGAGAUUUGAGAGCGGUGGAUGAGCCACGGAUUUUGACGAAGGAUGAAUUAAUUAAGCCUGGAGUUAAAGUCAGGCGAGGUCCACACUGGCAUGCUAACAAUAAUGACGGAGGUCCUGGAAGUAUUGGCACUGUGUACAAAGUUCAUCCAUCUGGAAUAGUUUAUGUUUGUUGGCCAACAAAAGUCAUAAGCUUUCAUCGCUAUGGUUAUGAUGGGGAAUAUGAAAUAGAGACAGUACUGUUUCGUCUGUUCACUUUGACAGACAUGGUCAAAACUAAAUUACCUGUACAGGUGAAGGUGAACAGGGAGGAAUCUCUAUCCCCUGCAAAUGACGCUUCUAUUACAAGCGAUGGAAAGAUAGCCCUGUGGCAGUGGAAUUCCAAUGGAAACUGGGAGUAUUAUCCGAAAUAUGUGAGCACAAAACUUGAGCACUCUUACCAUACAAGUCCAUCCACUUGUGUUGAAGUCAAUAUUGCUGGACUUUGUUAUGUCAUCGACUUUGAGAGUAUGACUGCACUAUGUGAUGACAUCAAUGAAACCUAUGAAAUCCAGCGAACUGAAGUCUCACUUGAAGAUUUUGAAGCUGUACGUGUUGGACUGGAAGGAUACUAAGGCAACAUAAGGAAAACAAAAAUAGCAUCCAGCACAAGGAAUUUUUUCAUAAGUUACACUUUUCAUAGUCAUGUUGUUGGAUAAAGGACAUUAUAACAAUGGUGUGAAUUAUUUUGAGUCUUUUUUGACCCUCGCUGGUCCCACCCUCUUCUGUUUUAAAACCAAAAAAAAAAUGAUACCAAGUUUAAGAAAUGAAGAGUAAUUGUGUUACACAAUCCCAGAUAGCAAAGAGUGGUCGCGCCAACGUCGGCCCGACGACUUUGCCUCCGUCGGGCCAACGUUGGCAGACGAC